AUGCAUACUUCAUCCUACAUGUUAAUACUAAUUUUCUCUCUCUUUUCUCAAGGCUUUUUACUUUCAGUUUCGAAGUCUAUGCGAAAGGUAGAAGAUGAUGAUAUGAUACUAAAUGCGCUCAAUAUAGGAAAAGCUCUUUGGAAUGGAGGUAAAACAGAGAAGACCGAGACUACACCUACUCUUGAGCACUACAAGAUGGAGGACAGCAGCUUUCUGGAUGAGGAGGAAGACAGAAACCCAAAAUUCUUAAAUAUAGGUUCCAAACACAAUUUCAUAAGCCAUGGUUCGCCACUGAACCUAGGUAUAAAACAGCUACCUUAUCUUGCAUUGAAAGGAUCUAUGGCUUUUCCAGCUGACACUGAAAUUCAGGAUAUUGAAUCAAUACAGGAAAGGAGAGAGACCGGGGAUGAAGAAAACUCAGCUAAAUUUCCUAUAGGAAGGAGAGAUUUUGACAUGCUCAGGUGUAUGUUGGGAAGAGUCUAUCGACCUUGUUGGCAAGUUUGA